CUCCGCCGUCACUGCCGGGGCUGCCCAAGAUGGAGGCGGGCAGGGAGCUAGGGGACCCGCUCCCCAGGCUCCGGCGCCAUUUGCGGCAAGGGGCAGAGCCCCGUGCCCUGCCGCUGCAGCCGCCGGUCCGGGGCGGCGGGACGGCCGAAGAGUGUGCAGCUGUAGAGAAGAAGAAGAAGCCUUCUCCUAGACUGAAUAUUCAUUCUGCAUUCUGGAUUUUGGCUUCAAUUGCUGUGACGUAUUACUUUGACUUUUUAAAAUCUGUUAAGGAAACUAUUCAAGCAGAUAGUUGGUGGUUUGUCACUGGCAGUUGCUUAUUGGCUGCUUGUUUAUCUAUUGCCUUUUACUGCAUAAUAUAUCUUGAGUGGUAUCGUGGAAUUGAGGACUACGAUGUGCGGUAUCCCAUACUGAUACCUAUCUCAACAGCCACUUUUAUUGCAGCAGCAAUUUGUUUCAACGUUGCCUUAUGGCCUGUUUGGUCGUUCAUGACACCUUUGUUGCUCUUCAUUCAGUUUAUGGGUGUUGUGAUGCUUGUGUCACUCCUGGGAUAAGUCCUGCAGCUUUAUGUGAAGGACUCCAGUUACAGUUACCCUGCAAAGCGGGUGUUGUGACAUUCCAGUCUUUUCAUUAUUUAACUACCUGAUUUAUAAAUCAAAUAGACAUAAACCCAUUGUUCAGCCAGUGGCUGCAAAAAAGCAACUGAUUGGUGAAUAAUUGAAAGAUAGAUAGGUUUUAUCUCUCUUAGUAAUAUAAAGCACUUCAUUUGUGACGUAGCCUGUUUUAUAAAGGUUUUAUUCGCAGUUCAAUACUAAGCAGAUGGGUCAGUUAUAUGGUUUUAAAUCCUAUCUGGGGACUCCAGAUUUCACUUAGCCCAACUUCCUUCUUAAAGCAGGUUGAUUGGUUUGAAAAUAAUUGAUACCUAAAUUCAAGUGUUGUGUUUUUUUUAAUAUGUUAUUUUUACAUUUCAAGUGAUAGCUAAAAUACUGAUAUUUGGAAUCUCUGAAUGUCUAAACUUACACAUUUGACAACAUGGGAGACACUUCUUGGUCCGUUAAAUUUGUAAUUAUACAUGUAUUGUCAUGGAGGAAAUAUUUCAUUAAUCUAACCUCUUGACUUCAGAUCUGUUAGCAUUUGAAAAAAGAUAUGUAUCUGAUUAAGGGCCUAGAAAGCUGGUUGAAAUUUCCAUCAUUGAUAAUCUGCUAGUGCCAAUAGUGAAAUAAAUAGAUUGCACUUGUACUGACAUAAUUUGUCCACAGCCAAAGACAGGAGAUGAAGCUGUGAAUAACCAGCAAUAGAAUGAACAAUAGUAACACUACGCAAGAAUUGAAGAGCACAAAGUAAAAUAUUUUGAUGUAUAUACUGUUUUCCAAUGUUCAGGAUGCUUUUCUUCCAAAAAUUAACUUUCUGUUCUUAACAAUGCCUGUUAGUGAAAUUGCCAUUUUUCUUCCUCAGCAAUAGAGGUUAAUAUUAAAUUAAAUGUCAUUAGCCAUACACAGCUGGGAAAAUAACAUUGUCCAUUUGUUCACCUUGUUUGAGAUACUUAAAUAACAAGAAACCUGGGCACCAUCUAGUUGCUAGACCAUUUUAUAUAGGUCAUUGUGUUAAAUUCUUUUUUUGGAAGAUAGGAGAAAGUAGAAGCUGGUUAUUGAAACUUGUUUAAAUUUACUCUUGUUGCUUGGAAGUCCAGACUGUUCGAUUCUGACUUUCAGAUUCACACCAUUGCUGAAUACACACUACGUGAAACAUUCAGUAAUGAAAAAGGCAUUGGCUGAAGCUACUGCAGUUCCAUUGAAGAAAAAAGUUGCUGGCAGUAGGCAGUGUAAAGGAUCAGUCAAACCAAAGUAAAAUACAUCUAGCACUACUGCUAAGGAGUUUGUAGAGGAAGUCAAUAGUUUGAUUUUUUUUUUUUAAUGUAAAAUUUGAGUUUACAAAAAAACAGUUGUACUUUGCAUUUAGAAGUGAUACUUUGCAUUUGCUUAUCUUAAGGUCUUCAUCUUUUAACAAACUUAAACAAUUUUAUGUCUGCAUAGAUGAUGUACAUUGACCGAUUUUGUUUAUUAUUUAAAUGCACUUUUGCUCAGGGAUGGUAAUUAUCACUUUAUUCUUAUUUAUCAACUGUACAAAUGCUCUAGGUGCUUUAAGUUGACCCUGUACUCUUGAAAUAAUUUUAAUGUUUGCUACAUGUUUCCUCAAAUUUACUCUUCUGGACAUCUUAAUAAACUUUGUAUAAAGGUGA